AUGACAACUGUGGCUAAUAAUGUACAUACAGAUCAGAUUUCAUCAAUAGACCAUGAGGCAAUAGCUUUAUUUGAAAAAGCUAUCGAGAAAGAGGGGCAAGGAUUGAUGUCUGAUGCGGUUGAGAACUAUAGAAAAGCAUUUAAAUUAAAUGAGAAAAUUGACACUUUAUAUCGUUCAAUAAAGGUUCCUUUCAAUAUUAAGAAAAUUGUUGACGAGCGUGGGAAAAAUGUAAUGACUAAAGUAGAUGAUAAAGCAGUUGCUAAAAUAAAUGUGGAUAAAUUAUUAGCUAGUUUCGCAAACAUGGAGGUGCAAGCUGGUAGUUUGGAUAUAGCUUUUAAUAACUUAUCAAUUCAAGAAUCUCAAAAACCAUCACCAUUGACUCGAUUGCCAACAGACAUUUGGCUCUACAUUUUAGAAAUUUUAAUUUUGACAAAUUCAGAAGCUUGGUUUAAAAUGUCCAUCACGUGUAAGAAAUUUGCUUAUUUGGGAUUUGGUACUAGCAUUUGGAGAACAUUAAGUAAUAAUAUAUAUCCUUUUCAAAUUUAUGAGGAAAACUUAAUCUAUUUAGCAAAUCAAACUCCCUCACAAAGUAUUGAUUUGCCAAUUCCCAAAGAUCAACUACAAAUUUUACCACAAUAUCAAAAUUCUUGGAAAAAAAUGUUGCAUGAAAGACCUUUCAUUAAAUUUCAUGGUUGUUAUAUAUCGAUCGUUAAUUAUUAUAGUGAAGGUGGAAAGAGUGAAUUUUCAUUGUCUUGGACUAAUCCUGUUAAAACUAUAACAUAUUACAGAUACAUUAGGUUUUAUCCUGAUGGAACUAUGAUUAAAGUUUUGUCAAUAUUACCCCCAAAUCAAGUUGUUGCUUGGUUGUCCAAAGACCGAAAAUUUAUACCUCAUGAGGAAGUUCAUGACAAAGAGAGCCACAAAAUAUAUUCUGGAACGUGGAAAUUAAAUUCUGCUGGUGAAGUACAUGUACAAAUUGACGAAGGUUCAACAGCUUAUUUGACUUUUCACUACUAUUUUCAAAUCAAAAAUUUAGGACAUUUCAAACAUAAUAAAUUGAAUUGGAUUAAAUAUUUUGCCGUGAGAAAAUCCACAGGAGAAGACGAUGAUAGAGUAGGUGAAUUGAUGGAUUACUCAAUUAGAAAUGAAAAACCUUUUAAAUUUUCAAAAGUUCGUAGUUAUGUUGUAUAG